AUGGCCGCAACACAAAUCUUCGCCGAGGACACGAUUGAAGAGAAGGGAGAGAAUGCUAGGCUCAGUGCUUUCGUCGGCGCCAUCGCCGUGGGCGACCUGGUCAAGAGCACACUUGGCCCGAAAGGCAUGGACAAGAUCCUGCAAUCAGCUUCCACCGGCGAGAUCAUGGUCACGAACGACGGCGCAACGAUCCUGAAGAGCAUAGCCUUGGACAACGCCGCGGCAAAGGUGCUGGUAAACAUUUCAAAAGUGCAGGACGACGAGGUGGGAGACGGAACGACGAGUGUAGCGGUCCUGGCCGCAGAGCUGCUACGGGAGGCAGAACAGCUGGUGAACCAGAAGAUACACCCCCAAACAAUCAUCGAAGGCUACCGCAUAGCGAGCGCAGCAGCGCUCAAAGCCCUGGAAGAGCACGCAACAGACCACAGCAAGAACCAGGAGCAGUUCAGGAAAGACCUCGUACACAUCGCCCGCACCACCCUCAGCUCAAAAGUCCUUUCACAAGACCGAGACUACUUUGCAAACCUCGCCACGGACGCCGUCCUCCGCAUGAAGGGCUCCACAGACCUCACACACAUCCAAGUCAUAAAGAAGGCGGGCGGCAAGCUCUCCGACUCCUACCUCGAUGAAGGAUUCAUUCUCGACAAGCGAUUCGGCGUCAACCAACCGAAGAAGGUGGAGAAUGCCAAAAUCCUCGUCGCAAACACCAGCAUGGACACGGACAAAGUCAAGAUCUUCGGCGCGCGGGUGAAGGUGGAAAGCACAGGCAAGCUCGCAGAUCUCGAGAAAGCCGAGCGGGAGAAGAUGAAGUCAAAGGUCGACCGCAUCAAGUCCCAUGGCAUCAACUGCUUCGUCAACCGCCAACUCAUCUACAACUGGCCCGAGCAGCUCUUCGCGGACGCUGGCAUUGCUUCGAUUGAGCACGCCGACUUUGAUGGCGUGGAGCGCCUCGCCCUCGUUACUGGUGCAGAGAUCACCAGCACGUUCGACCACCCGGAGCACGUCAAGCUGGGCCAUUGCGACUUGAUCGAAGAAGUCAUCAUCGGCGAGGACUCUUUGAUCCGUUUCUCCGGCGUCGCAGCCGGGCGCGCCUGCACCAUCGUUCUGCGCGGCGCGACCGAACAACUCCUCGACGAAGCCGAGCGCAGCCUCCACGACGCCCUAGCCGUCCUCUCCCAAACCGUCGGAUCCCCCCAGACGACCCUCGGCGGCGGCUGCGCGGAGAUGGUCAUGUCCAAAGCCGUCGACAACGCGGCCCAGAACGUCGCCGGCAAGAAAGCGCUGGCGGUCGACUCCUUCUCCAAAGCCUUACGGCAGCUCCCCACCAUCCUGGCCGACAACGCGGGGUUGGAUAGUUCAGACCUCGUGGCGCGGCUACGCAAGGCGGUGUACUCGGGCAUGAGCAGUUCCGGGCUGGAUCUGAUGAAGCCCGGUGGCGGGAUCGCGGAUAUGCGGGAGUUGGGGGUGGUGGAGAGUUAUAAGUUGAAGAGGGCGGUGGUGUCGAGUGCGAGUGAGGCGGCGGAGCUGCUGCUUAGAGUCGACAAUAUCAUCCGGGCGGCGCCGCGGAAGAGGGAGAGGAUGUGA